AUGACAAACCCGGUUCAACAAGGAUGUAUAAUGUCGAGUGAGCGUACAAAAGUUUUGGUGACGGAUAUGUCUGACACUAUCGCAGUGGAUAACAAGCGCUACCAAGCUCAUGGAAGUAAUGUAGCGCCUACACUAAACAUGAUAUCUACCCCAGCCGUCCCCAAUUUGAACGAUCCUGUUGAAUUCAAUGUGAAAAUUCUGUCAAAAAAAAUAUCACCGAUUCAAUUGUAUCCAGCGCCGAAAGAGAAAGAUGACGAUGAAAGUCGGAUAUUUUUAAGUAUCUCCAGUCUAGCGCAGUGUGGAAUCUUUAGUGGUGAAUGGGUACUGAUUAGCGGUAAUGAACCCAAGAAGUCUAGAUUAUGCAAGGUAUUCGGCAUCGAUGUUACAAUUACAAAGGUGACCCCACCUCCCAUUGAAGGGCCACCAGUUGCUCAAGCAGUGACAAUCGCUCGAGUUGCUUCACCUGCAUCGAUGAAUAAAGCAUUACAAGCAGUGUGCUUGAAUUCUUUAAAGUCUUGGUUUGAGGAAAGAGAGCGUAUCGUUUGUAAAGGUGAUAUAAUCUCAAUCCAUUUAAACGAAGACGAAGCUCACUUGAGUAUUCCAGAUGACGACAAUAGCAUUCAAAAGCACACUAAACAGCCAACGACGUUAGCUUAUUUUAAAGUAACAUCGCUCGAAGGAGACGACACGGUUGACGGAAAUAUACAUCCUGCUUACUUCGGAUCUGGCCGUCGCAUCGUACCCAGUCAAACACAGAUGAUUCAGACUGGAGUUGAAAAUUCGCGUAUUCCCAUUGGGCAUAUCUCACAUUACUAUGAUUUUGCAAACAAAUUACCUAUAACAAGAUCAGCAUCAAUAAUUUAUGACCAAUUACAGGAGCUAGUGACUUCGUCUUUGCAUCCUUUAGGUAGGGAUCUAGAAUUAUCUUGUAAUGCUUUGUUUCACGGUCCACGCGGUGCCGGAAAAGCGCUGUUAGUCAAGGAAGUUGCUGAGGAACUCGGUGUGCAUGUUUAUGAGUUUUCUGUAUAUGAUGUGGUGUCUGAUACUGAUGCAAAAACUGAAGCUCAUCUACGGGCCAAGUUUGAUAAAGCUGCUGCUUUGGCACCUUGUAUUGUGCUUAUAAGACAUAUGGAAGGUUUAGCCACGAAAAGCGCAGCUGUAGAAUCUGGACAAGAGCCUUUACUUGCCACCGUUCUACAACAGUGUAUGCAAGAUAUAAACACAGCGCAUAAGACUACAGGCUACCCAGUAAUGGUAAUUGCUACGACGGGUGAUAUUGACGCUUUACCUUCAAGUAUUCUGUCAUGCUUUCGACACGAGAUAGCUUUGCAUGCACCCGAUGAAGCGACACGUUUGAAUAUUCUCACUAAUUUGCUACAUAAUAGCCCUUUGGCUCCUGACGUUUCGCUCUCCAAUAUAGCAACUCAAACAGCAGCCUUAUUAGCCAAAGACUUGGUUGAUUUGGUCGGAAGAGCCGGUGUGUUAGCCCUUCAACGCGUUGAUCAUAUAACCGAAAAUGACUCUGAGGAAAGCCCAUCCACUUCGUCUUUAGUGCUUCACACUGCUGCUGUCACAGUACAGGAUAUACAAGCUGCUGGUAUUAUACUUACCGCCGCUGAUUUCGAUACAGCGUUAGGAGAAGCUAGAGCGAGCUAUUCUGAUUCUAUUGGUGCUCCUAAGAUUCCUUCUGUCACUUGGGACGAUGUAGGUGGUAUGGCUCAUGUAAAAGAUGAUAUUUUGGAUACUAUUCAAUUGCCCUUAGAGCAUCCAGAAUUAUUCGGAGCAGGUCUCAAAAAACGCAGUGGUAUUCUUUUGUAUGGUCCACCUGGUACAGGAAAAACUUUGCUCGCAAAAGCUAUUGCUACUUCUUGUUCAUUGAACUUCUUCUCUGUGAAGGGUCCUGAAUUGCUAAAUAUGUAUAUUGGUGAGUCUGAAGCCAAUGUCCGUCGUGUUUUUCAAAGAGCGCGUGACGCCAAACCUUGUGUCAUUUUCUUUGAUGAACUGGAUUCAGUUGCACCGAAACGUGGUGAAAAGGGUGACUCUGGAGGUGUUAUGGACCGUAUUGUGAGUCAAUUAUUAGCAGAAUUGGAUGGCAUGUCGGAGGGAAAAGAAGAAGCGAGUGCAGGUGAUGUUUUUGUCAUUGGAGCCACCAACAGACCAGACCUAUUGGAUCCUGCAUUAUUACGUCCUGGAAGAAAGUUCCGACUUCAUCCCGAUUUAGACUUACGAAAAGUUGCUGAGCGAUGUCCCUUUCAUUAUACUGGUGCUGAUUUUUAUGCUCUUUGCUCUGAUGCUAUGCUCAAGGCGAUGACUCGCGUAGCUAAUUCCAUUGAUGACAAAGUCAAACAGUUAAACAAAGAGCAGAGAGAUAAUCUGCCUAAUCCAUUGACAGUCCAAUACUACCUGUCCCAUCUUGUAACGGAUGAAGAACUCUCUGUACAAGUCCAAGAAAUCGAUUUCAUUAAAGCUCUCGAAGAGUUGAUACCUAGUGUUUCCGCGACCGAGCUGGCGCAUUAUUCUAAAGUUAGAGAAAAGUUCGAAAAAGCUAAAGACGAAGAAGAAGACGAUGAAGCAAAAGAAAAUGAUCUGAAAAAAGAGCGGGAGUCAAUUGAAGCCAAAACAAGGGAAGAGAAUGAAGCAAAUCAAAAAGUAAUAGUGAAGGAUAGUAAAGGCAAGGGGAAACAGCGCGCUGUGUAG